AUGCCAGCUUUGCCAGUGCUGUGUCGGGAGGUCAUUGCUGAGACACUUCGUGAUUCGGUGAUACCCCGAGAUGCCGUGCAGGCGGAUGUCUGGACAGCUUUCCGCUUCGACGGCUUCCUCACCCUAGCAGCGAUGCGUGCACUAAUGAUGCUCUUCUUGCUCGUUGCCGUCAUCGCCAUGGCUCUGUGGAGGGUGGUGGAUGUGGCAGAUCCCGAACCAGAGCCAGAGGAGAGCAAAUGCCAGAAGAUCGAGUCCCUUCAACAGCAUCCACCCAUCGCGAUUGACAAGUUGUUGAGCACAGAGGAUCGGCUUUCGGCAGAAGACUGUCCCGAGACCUCUCUUCAAGGUUUGCCUACGAACUUGCCUGGGAUCUGCCCGCCCUACAUGAAAGCAGCACAAGGAGCCCGCUUGUCUGUCGUGCUGCCUAUCACAGAACAGAGUUGCGACGUGCUCGGUCUGGGGGCCUCUCUUUCGCUGAGGGGGCCGCCGACUCCUCUACUGACCGCGAAUCUGCAUCUCGAAGGAUCGACUCGCACAUUGGAGCUGCGAGAGCAGGAGCCGGGAUGCAAAGGAGCUGAGGGAGGGCGCAUACUGUUGACGAUCACCUCGGACCUGGUGCUCUGGAAGGGUCGACUUCGAGAAGGAGAGUAUCUUGGAACCUUGGAGCCUGCACCGCUCGGAGGCAGCGAGUCUCGGCGUCGCCUGUUGUUGCAGCGCAAGGGAGCAAAGCCAGAUUUGCUCGUUUCGACUUCGGGCUCGGGACGCGUGGAGCUGGGCCUGCUGCCUUCUGGGCGGCUGGUGGCGAUAGCUGCUGUGGGACAUGGACAGACAUCUCUGUCGCUGACAGUAAAGGCAGGCGUCGACGCCGUCUAUGCACUGGGAUGUCUGCUGGCGGUCAUCACUUUUGAUUCCAAGUUAAACCGAAAGUCGAUCAAUCUCUUCAACACGUGGCAGACGGGCAUCGCGGAAGCGAAAAUCGAAGUCGGGUGCCCAUGCGCACGCAAGGCCCACAUUCCUUAUGCCAGUCAGAAGACGUCCGGCAUCUUCCGAUACGGUUUCAUCACGGUGCAUCGAAUUCAAGCAGUUCUUCCAUGCUCUGUAGUUGUUGUUGCGGAAGUUUUCAUGCAGCAGGACGCAGGACGUGCAGCAGGCACUGCCGCGAAUGCCGAGAACCUGGUCGAGGAGGUGUCAGAGCACCCGGCACAGCGGACGUCAGGCAGUUUUCAGUCGGGGACCGAAGGGCGCGGAACGGAGGAGGCAGCCCAAAAUGAAGUACUGUCAGAGCAUGAGGCAAAGCGGAAGUCAAGUAGCCUGCAGUCGGGGACAGAGGAGCGCGGAACGGAAGAAGCUGCAGCCCAAGACGAAGCCUUGCACCCGGAUGGUGAUGAGAAUCAGCAGGGGCAUCAAGACGCAGGACGUGCAGCAGGCACUGCCGCGAAUGCCGAAAACCUGGUCGAGGAGGUGUCAGAGCACCGGGCACAGCGGACGUCAGGCAGUUUCCAGUCGGGGACCGAAGGGCGCGGAACGGAGGAGGCAGCCCAAAAUGAAGUACUGUCAGAGCAUGAGGCAAAGCGGAAGUCAAGUACCCUGCAGUCGGGGACAGAGGAGCGCGGAACGGAAGAAGCUGCAGCUCAAGACGAAGCCUUGCACCCGGAUGUUGAUGAGAAUCAGCAGGGGCAUCAAGACGCAGGACGCGCAGCAGGCUCUGCCCCAAAUGCCGAGAACCUGGUUGAGGAGGUGUCAGAGCACCGGGCACAGCGAACGUCAG